UAUUUAGUGUAGAAAUACUCGCCUAAUUCUCUACCUUACAUUGCAUGUACCAUAAUUUCAUUAAAAAUUUCACAAGAUUAUGUAAUAUAAAUUUGCGAAAAAUUAAAACUAGAUGGACUACACUACUUGCCCCAAGGUGCAAACCAAAAUAAUAAUUUGGCAUAGUUUAAUUAGGGAAUCUUUUGAACUAAUCAUUUGGCAUAGCCCAUAUGGCAUCUGACACACAUUACAAAUACUUUGUUUUCACUUUUCACCAUUAGAUUUUUUUAUUUUAUUUUUACUUUUCUUGGGUUUGAGACUCCUUCUCCUUGCCUUCUUUAAUUCUUGUUGCACUCACGCCUUCUUACUGGUAAACCAAACCCUACCAAUUUCUCCACUGAAACUCUGGCGAUGGAAUUCCAAGAAAUUUUCAUAGUGGCAACAAGCACUGUAGGCUUCAUCUCUCUUUGUAAACCCAUCAUCAGUUUUCUCAGAUCGGUAUGGGUCGUGUUUCUGAGACCCCCAAAGAAUCUCAAGGACUAUGGCUCAUGGGCUCUCAUCACUGGCUCCACUGAUGGAAUUGGAAAAGCCCUUGCCUUUGAAAUGGCUUCAAAGGGUCUUAACCUUGUCUUGGUUGGUCGAAACCCUUCAAAGCUUGAAGCUACCUCCACUGAAUUACAUGAAAAAUGUGGUGGGCAAAUUCAGAUUAAGAACAUUGUCAUUGACUUGGCCAAGUUCAGUGGGGAGGAGAUAGGAAAUGCCAUAGAGGAAGGAAUAAAAGGCCUUGAUGUUGGCAUUUUGAUUAAUAAUGCAGGGGUGGCUUACCCUUAUGCAAGGUUUUUUCAUGAGGUUGAUUUGGAGCUGAUGGAGAGCACUAUGAAGGUGAACAUAGAGGGGGCCACUUGGGUGACUAAGGCAGUGCUUCCAAUUAUGCUUAAGAAGAAGAAAGGAGCAAUUGUCAACAUUGGCUCUGCUUCCUCUGAGAUCCUCCCUUCUUACCCUCUUUACACUGUUUAUGCUGCCUCCAAAGCGUACAUUUCAAUGUUCUCAAAAUCCAUUAGUUUGGAAUACAAGAAGCAUGGAAUUGACGUUCAGUGUCAGAUUCCUAUGUUGGUGGCAACAAAGAUGACAAAGUUAAAGCCAUCUUCAUUCUUCGUUGCAUCACCAGAGAUGUACAGCAAAGCAAGCAUGAGAUGGAUUGGCUAUGAGCAUCUCUGCACACCCUAUUGGGGUCACUCUGUGCAGUGGCUCAUAAUACAUGUUUUGCCUGAUGUGUUAUUGAAUGCCAUCAUCCUUAGGUACUUCAUUGGGAUGAGAAGGAGAGGACAAUUGAAGGAGUCACAGAACAAAAGUAAACAAAUGUAGCCAGCAACAGAAAAAUUUAUGAGUUGCAUUUGAUGCAGCAUUGAAAUUGUGCUCAACUAGAGAUUACUUUUUCUGGAUGAAUAAAUUUACAACUAAUUUGAUGGUUUU